AUGGCAUCCCCUUGGUGUGUUGGUGUUGAUAUUGUUGUUGCUGCUGGUGGACCGGCUGCUGGUGUCUCUGGACCGGAUAUCUUUCCACACUCUGGCCUUCCCUUCCCCCUCCCCCUUGCUUCUGACGUGAAAGGCCGUGCUGGCCAGGGUUACGGAUGGUAUCUGAGUGGUCUCUCUGAGGCGAGGUGUCUCUGGCGGACGGUGGAAUUGGGGCUGUCUGUUCAGUGUUCAGAGUUCAGUGUUCAACGUUCAAUGGGCGGCAGCGUCAGCCCAGAAGAUCUAGUCAAUGAGGGCUUAUGUAUAAAAAAGGACGACCAUCGUCGAACCUCUCUCAACCAACCCCCGUCGGCCAAAAGUACCCUGACUCGCAAAACACAGUGGAGAGAUACUUAUAAAGAGAUGCUCCACCCAGGCUUCUUCGUCUGCUUCCUCGUCUUUUCUUUUUCCUAUUUACUUUCCUCGUUGCUUUUUCUUCUAGUGCGGACGUCUUCUUUUUUUUUUGCAGGACGAAGAUUUACAAAAAAAAAAAAAAAGGCAGACGAGUUGGAGAUGAGGAGGGCCCAGGGCGAGGAUGCGCCGGCGACUCGACCGGUAGACAGGGCAGCAGUUCUCCCCCCUUUCGCUGCUAGCUGUGCUGUUUGCCUCUACUUGUGGUUCGAUAUAUCAGCCUUAACUCUCUCUGUCUCUUUUCCAGAGUUUCCAGAGUUUGAAAAGAAGGAGAGAAGCAGCAGCAGAGAGGAGAAAAAGCAAAAAAUAACAAAAAAAGGUAGAAAGCCCAGUUCCCAGCAAAAGGUUGGAAAAAGCAAGGGGGGCCAGAAGAAGCCAGCCCAGCAAGCCGACAUUUACGGUCGCCACCCGGGAAGCAAAAAGAAGACGAAGAAGAAUCUCUCCUUCUCUUGGGCUCUUUUUGGGCCUUGGACUAUUUUUUGCUUCUUCUAA